GACAAGUCACUAUGUUGCUCGUGAACCUGUUUAUCUCCUCCGUGACACUGGUUGCCAUGGUAACCGCCACAGUACACCCGACCAUCACGUUUCGUCUGCUGGCUCGCAUCCCUGGUCGCUUCUCCUACACCCACGACGUCAAAAUAGAGACUGUUCUAGAAUAUCAACUGUGGGACCAUCUGUGCAAAACUCCCGGCAACCCGUUCGCCGUUCGUAUCGGGCCUGACAUGGGUUCCACAGACAUCAUCAACGAAGACAACGCCCUCCACAACGGGAGCGAGGGCGCCAAGUACUGCCUCAUCUCCCCCGUCCUCAACCCAGUCAAAUGUGACCACGAAAACUACUGCACCAGCGGGAACGUAUGUCAAGUCACGCUGAAAUCCAUCUGUCCGAAAAAGGGAAAAAUUUCCAGAUGGGCGAAUACGGAGAGGGUCGACGUCACGCUUGACAUAGUGGACGGGGAGCUGAAGGUUGUGACGUGUUACGGGAAGUGCGUCACGGAUCAAGACGAUGACACGGAAGAAGACGAGGCUCAUGGGAUAUCGUACCUGGCGGUGGGGUUUAUCGUUGCUGGGGUUAUUGUGGCGGCGUCGCUGAUGGUGAUUGGUGCGGUGGUGUGGAAGAUUAGGUCGACGCGCCGGCUUGAUCCGGAUAAGCCACAUCAUCAGCACCAUAUAGAGUACGCUAAGUAGCCGUUGAUGUCACAUCACCAACAAAACAUAGAGUACGCUAAGUAGCCGUUGAUGUCACAUCACCGCCAUAUAGAGUACGCUAAGUAGCCGUAAAUGUCACAUCACCACCAUAUAGAGUACGCUAUGUGACCAUUGCUGACACAUCACCACCAUAUAGAGUACGCUAAGUAGCCGUUGAUGUCACAUCACCACCAUAUAGAGAACGCUAUGUAGCCGUUGAUGUCACAUCACCACCAUAUAGAGAACGCUAUGUAGCCGUUGAUGUCACAUCACCACCAUAUAGAGUACGAUAAGUAGCCGUUGAUGUCGCAUCAUCAACAGAACAUAGAGUACGCUAUGUAGCCAUUGAUGUCACAUAACCACCAUAUAGAGUACGCUAUGUAGCCGUUGAUGUCACAUCACCACCAUAUAGAGUACGCUAUGUAGCCGUUGAUGUCACAUCAUCAACAGAACCUAGAGUACACUAUGAAAUCAUCGUUACCACACACCACAUAGAUUACGUUAUGUAAUCAUUAUUACCACACCGCCACCAUGAUUAUAAACAGUCUUUGUAAUAGCUGUUGCCACAUUAUUACCAUAGAACCAGAUGUAAUAAUUCUCACAUAACAAUUACCACAUGAAAUACGUCAACGACCAAAAUAUGUUUGUGUGUGAAAGAAAAUGGUGAUACUUUUGGUGGAGAUAAUUCAUGUACAUACUUUAGAAAAAAACAAACAUUGUUACAUUACUUCUGAACUACUUACAUUGUGAUUUAGGCUGAA